AUGGCUGCGAUAUUCGGAACACGCCACAUGUCAGAUGAAACUCAAAAAAUCAUUCUGCAAAGAAUCGAUCAAGGAAUGAGACAAGUCGAAUUAGCAAAACUGUUUAACGUCUCCAGAGCGACUAUUUUCGCUUUUCUCAAGAAAGAACCAGCAUAUGGAGUAAUUGUAGCAACGCCAAAUCCAGAACAAAGCCGAAUGACUACACAAGUUACCUGA